AAUGAUGAAGCUAUCCCAUGACUUGCGGUUCUUCUCGAUGAUCGAGUUAGGGAUUCGGACACAGGCUUCUCCAGAAGCUAGUGUAAACGGAGUUUCAACUGGUUCCAAGUUAACAGACCCAGCCUUAACUUUGUCUCUCCACACAGUUGAUUGAAGCUUAGCCUCAUUCUGGGGAGGGUUUGUUUCUGGUACCGGUGGAGUUAGGGUAACCAUUUGCUCCUGGCCAGUCACAGUGUUGUUGUUUUCAUCCGCCAUGGCAGAUGGAGACUUCUCGUGGCAAGAUAGAGCUUGUGUAUCACCACACUCUAUAGCCAAAGGAUGUUUUGACGGAGAUUCGACUGUCUCGGGUUCCGAGUCCAGAAUAGGAGGUUCAGAUCUGGGAGGAUCCGAAGCUUGCUGGUCCUGCUUUGGUUCAGACACCGGGAGAGACGAAUUAUCAGGAGGAGGAAGGACCUCCGAAGAGGAGACCUUGUUGGCGGUUAGGUCAACAGACGCAGGCGCCGAUUGAGCGGAGGAGCGGAGAGAAGAAGAGUUAGUUGAGCCAGUGGGGCUACAACCAGGGGAAUGCGAUUUGGGCUUCUUUUUCUUAGCCAUUGACGGCGGGGAGGGGCACCGGCGCCGUGAGAGACGACGGUGAAGGUUAAAGGAAUGGCUUCGCGUUGUCGCUUUUUGGGGAACUAAUUCAGGCGCGUGAGGCGCGUUCCAUUUCUUUCCGAAAAAGUUUACGAACCAUAAUUGCACGUAACAUAUGUUGCGACGCUCUACGUUGUUUUAUUUUACUUUGUUGUGCUGUCAAAACAUGGAACAUUUUCUCACAUGCAUGGCGUCAUUGACGUGUAGACAUUGGACUUGACCUAAAUGUUUUUUCCGAUUUGCUUAUAUCAUCACCCUAUCUCGACAGGAUUUUAAAUUUUUGUUCCUAUCUUAACACACAUAUAUUAAAAUGUAAUGUAGCUUGUACACUUUCAGGUAAAACAAAGGAUUAACCAUUGAAUAAGACAUGCAGGAGAUGAUUGGGCUUUAUUUCCACGUAACUCAAAGUUAUAUCACCAUGGCACGACAAAUCGCGAAUCGUGGCAGGAUUCACAAGCAAGAUUUAGUGGUUGUCAAGGGUAGAAUAGGAACUUCAUGAGCUCAAUAAUUCAGAUUUUAUGAUCACAAUUCACAGUAUAUAUAAAGAGUUCCGACCAUGCACUUCGAACAUCGAUCAAACACAAUACACUCUGCACCCUCAAACUCCAAUGCCCAACUCAACCCGAACUCUCACUCAAAAUGACGGAAAUGCCCUCGUACACUGUUGAAAACCCUAACUUCGAGCCUUCAAAGACCAAGAAACAAUACAACAUAUACUCUUCGUUGCUCCCUGUCUUCUUAUCGAUCUCAGCAUACAUUUUGAUCUUCUACGUUCUUGACGUCUCUCCUUCUUCGAUCUUCAACGACCCAAAGAUCUUGUUCUUCAUCUCAAACUCCAUUAUUCUUAUCAUAGCCGCAGACUACGGUGUCUUCGCUGAGAAAGAGAACCGCGACUUUUACGGAGAAUACACGGCCGCGAUGAGAAUAGACGCAAGAGAAAACGCUAGACCUGAAAACUCAGGCUAUGAGGUGGGUUUGGCGGAAGUAACCAUGAAACGUGAGAAGCAAGAAGAAGCACUCAGGGAGAAAGAUACAACACGGUAUCUGUUUCAUAAGGAAGAGGAAGUUCCUGAGAAAACCGUACAAGUCCUAAGCGACGCGCCGAAGACUGAGCAAAGCAUUCAUAUGACCAUUAGUAAAGGGGAAACUUGUGGUGCAAGAAACCUAGUGAGCCCUAAACCGUACGGGAGAAGCAAAUCGGAUAAAGCACGUUCAGAACGUACUAGUCAUCGAGAGAUCAAACAUAGACGUAAACGUUAUGUUCGAAGCAAGUCCGACGAUAGCUCGAAAUGGAUGGUUGAUCACAAGUGUAAGAAGGCUCAUGAGGAGACGGAGGAGAAGUGGGAGAAUGUAAGAGAGGAAUCGGAAGAAUUUGCGAAAAUGUCGAACGAGGAGUUGAACAGACGAGUUGAAGAUUUCAUCCAACGGUUUAACAGAGAUACCAAACGAAAAAACUAUGUCUAGUUAAUGUAAUUUAAUUUGUCGUAGCAAAUUUAGUCAACAUUUCUUGGUCGUAGCAUCUUGUUUAUUGUUUUCGUUUUACCUUUUCAUGCGUUUGUCAUAAGAGUUGGUAAUUAAUGAGAUCAUGGAGGAGAUAAUCGUUUAUGGUUUUUAAAAAGAGAGAUUGUUGCCGACUAGUUUAACUUAUAUACAUAGAUAUAUAGUGAUUAUCAUCAAAUAUCAGUAUAGGACUAGAAGUGUUUAGUAAACGCCAAAUUUGGAAUUUAAAUCUGUGAUAGGUCGAUAGAAAAACGUUUAUAAAAUAUGUAAAUGUUUUCUCCGUUGCCUAAACUGUUCUCUUAUGACAUUCUGUCUCUAGAAAGAAAAUAGUAAUUCAAGACUUUUCUUGACAAUUUUUUCAUUAAUUGAAAAAUGCAUCAAACGUAUAUAUGACAAUCUUCUUUGUUGAAUCAGUUUGAUGAAUCUGAUAUGUAAUGCUAGUUUUCGUCCCCUCUUCAAUAUUUUUUUUGUUGUUUUUUUUUAUUCAACCAAUAUUUUGUUGUUCAUCAUCUUGUUUAUUGUUGGGAUAAUUACUCUGUUUUAAUCCAUCAUUGAAUAUACUUUAUCAACUGAACCUGAAGUUACCUGGCCUCUCUAGUUACCCUGACAUGAUCAUAUAAAUUGCUGUCCUUGCAGUGAAGUAUGUGAAUCCAACCACAAAGCAAUCCACUGUAAGAUACCAAGAGAAGAUCAGAGAUAAGUUCUGUCCGCGACGACGUUGGUCAGAAGCUUCGGAUACGAAUAAUGUAAUCUCAAAUUAGCCAAUCAUUGUACAAGAGAACUGCCACGUGUUUGGAUGUCUUUUUAAAUUAUCCAUCCACAGAGAAAAUAAAACACUUUUGCAAUCUAAAACCACCCAA